CCAUGGCUAUUAUUGUAAUUUAUGAAAACAUAGUUCGCUUUUUGGUUUGAAUGUAAUGUUAGGGUUAAGGUUAGUGUUAGGUUUAAAAUCAGAUUUUAUGAAGAUAAAUUGUAGAAAUAGGCGGGGUUUAGCCAUCCAAGUGGGGUGCUUCAUUUUGGUAGCAGUGAAGGAGUAACGUUAGCUAGCUACCUACUACGGAUUCAAUGGACUGCAGUGGUUCAGCUCAAACGUAAUCUGAGUCCUACUACGGAAAACACAGCGAGACACCGUGCUUCCUGCCUGCCAACGGACUUUCUCUCCCCGAUUGACCACCUCCUUCAGAUGACCACUUAAACCAUGAACUUUCUAAUGACUUGUUUUUAUAAAUUACAGAAUUUGUCUUUUUUUGUGCGCUUUGAGAUUAUUUCAAAAAUAUAAAUAUAAUAAAUUAUGCCUUUGUGGCUGUUGUAACUAACUUUAGUGAAAAACCCAUGUAAACCAGCCUUUCUUAAAGUAUGGGUCGCGGACCUGUUAAUGUUGGGUCGCGACGUGUCAGAGUAAAUGUAUAAUUAUGUAAUGAAUUACUGGAAUUGAUUUAGUUCAGUGCAACUACGGUCUCUGUUCCGUGCGCUCUCUGCUUAGCAACGGUCUUUGCUCAGUUUAUCAUCUGCGCGUGUGGAAGAUGCCCGUGUGCUUCGCGGUUUUACCUGAUCUUUUUUUUUGGAGAUCACUCCGCGACACACGCUGCAGCGCUGUGGUUCAGCAGCAGAUGAUGAUUCGCUGUCAACCAUUGAUUUGUCAUUCACACUCGCCAUCAAAUUGACCCAUGCUAGCAACAAGUUCUGACUGAGCUCAAUCGUCAUGAGAAGCCAAUACACCGUUGAGUUUCUCGCUCUUUCAUACAAACUUUGAGAAAUAACGAGGAGUUCCCUCAAUGUGUUUUGUGCGGGAAAGUGCUUAGUAAUGACUCAUUCAAAACGAACAAAUUCAUAUAACGACACGUCCUGACUGUAACGUUAUACAAAGGGAAUUAUUUCAGAAGAGGGCAGAAUGCUUCAGGAAACAGUGCUUCGACGGUGGAAAAAGAAUGGCAAUGUCUCACUUUCUCCAGGAGAGGGAAUCCUCUGCAUGCAAACUUGCAAUUUGACUGAGGAUGACCACAACACUUUUAGAAUGCACUGUGCUGGAGGCAAGCGCCAAAUUCCCAGGAGUCAAACAAGAGCAUGUUGGGACGGUAUUCAUGAAAUGGGCACAAUGAGCAGUGGGACCAACACUGCUCUCAAGUCAGAGGCAGACACUGAGGGAAUGAUCCAGACAAAACAGCAGUCAGGAGCUGAACACAGUGAAGGUGUCUUCCUAAGUCUGAACCCAAUUGUUUUUUUGUAUUUUUAAUUCGGCCUCGAAGACUCCUCGUGUUCCUACGCCACAGACACCAGAAGACAGUCGACGCAGUUCUCAGACACCCCAGCGAGAGCAGCACCGCCACUGCAUCGAUGCCAGCAUAGCUCCAAUACAGAUUCCCCCAAGACAGGCAAGGAACCGCUACACUGCGGCAAGACUUUAAGCCGAUACCCAGUGCUAGAGGCACAUGAAAGCGUGUACACAGUGGAGAAGACGUAUAUGUGCGACGCGUGCGGCAGGGGUUUUCGCAAGUCGGAAAUCGCAACAUGCACCUAAAGCUCUGUGGCACCCACAUUGGGUUUCCCUGUGACCUCUACUAGUCAGGGUCAAUAAUGCUGGUCAAUAAUGCCGGCAUCAACAGGCUUUCUAUAUGUCACCCAGCAUCAAUUGGAGGUAGCUGUAGUUGGAUACAUGGCAUCUCUACGCCAGCCAGCUCUCCCUCAGACACUUGCCUGGAGGCCUGGUCACAUCAAAUACCUCGGGGCAGAAUCACAUCAGCAUGUAAACACACCUCACUUCUGGAGCGAUCAGACCAUUCAGGCCACACCUCUGAACACACCUUACUACAGCUCACCGGCUCCAGUGCAGUGUGGGGAGAUGGUGGGGCGUCUGCAGGCUGAAAUGGAGGACCUGGUGAGGGUGAUCAACGACCAGCACCACUACAUCCAGGGGCUUCACCUCAGCCAGGCCCAGAAGCUGCCUCAGAUCCCCCAGACACACCUCCAGACUGGGGGCCAGUACAAAGACUGUGCUGAGAUAUAUAAGGAUGGGAACUCAGUUAGUGGCCUGUAUAUGAUCAGACCGGACCAGGCUCCCUCCUCUUUCAUGGUGUUCUGUGACAUGAGUGAUGGAGGAGGCUGGACUGUCUUCCAGAGAAGAAAGGACGGAACGGAGUCCUUCGACAAAGCGUGGGUGGAGUAUAAGCAUGGUUUUGGAGACAGCGAGUCAGACGGAGAGUUCUGGCUAGGGAACGACCCCCUACACUACCUCACCUCUCAAGGCGACUACAACCUAAAGAUCAACAUGGAGGACUUUGACGGAAACCAGCGCUUCGCCAAGUACAAAAACAUGAAAGUGGAUGAUGAAAAGAACCAGUAUAAGCUUCAUCUGGGUGAGUACACUGGCAAUGCGGGGGACGCCCUCCCCGAAGCCCACCCCUCUCCCAGUGGGCAGUGGAACAGUCUAGGAGCCGGUCAACAGGGAGUCAAGUUCAGUACCUACGACCAUCCCAACAAGGACGAUGAGAAGUGUAUCCGCCAUGACAUGUCAGGGUGGUGGUUCAGCAAGUGUGAGUCUGGCAACUUGAACGGUCACUACUACAACGGGUCGUACCAAGCGGUGAUGGAUGACGGGGUGGUCUGGUACACCUGGCACGGCUGGUGGUAUUCAAUCAAAUCCGUAGUCAUGAUGAUCCGGGCCUCCGACGUCCAUCCGGCUGGAUCCAACUGACCAGAACGCCAGACGACAUCGAUCCUGUUGAGUUUUUCCUCAAUUAGGAUAGGCUAAAGGUGGCGUUACGUCAUAGAGAACAUCCAAUCAUAACAAUUUUGAUGCUAAUUGAGGUAAAACAGUAAUUCUGCUCAUAGAUUAUUAAAGGAUUACAUUUAUUUUCAUCAUCAAUUGCACACCAAAAAUGUAUUUCAGCUUUUAACCCAACCCCUUUGAAUCAGAGAGGUGUGGGGGGCUACCACAUUGGGUUCCAGGGGAGCUGUUGUUGUGGGGGGGUCCACUGCCUUGCUCAAGGGCAGAACAGAUGUUUUAUCUUGUUGGCUCAGGGAUUCCAACUGGCAACCUUUUGGUUAUUAGCCCAACGUUUUAACUUGCUCGGCCACCUGCUGCUAGCCAAUAUGCAUAUGAACUACACAUCCAGCCCAAAGCAGGAGGUUUAAAACAUACUUUCUUAGUCGCCAAUGUAGCAUGUCUAACUGUUAAAAAUAACAACGUGAAUGUGACUGUUGGGCGAUUUUUACAUGUUUUUCUUUUAUAAAUAAUGGUACAAUUGUGUACUUUCCACUCAAAUAUUUUCUGAUUGUGACAAUUUGAAUAAAAUGUUAUGAUACUAUGUUCAA